GGCUCAAGUGAACCCGAGAAAUUUAAUCUUUUUCAUUUAAAACCCGUCGGUUCGCUCACAGAUUGUUAAUAUACACUAAUAAUAUCAUUUGUCUAUAUAUGAAAUAAUACAGACAAAUAACAUGAGUUUGAUUUUUAAUAAUCAUAAAAAAUAAUUGAGUUCAUGGUUAGCUAACCGGAACUACUCUAGCACUGACUGUGAGACCACCGCACAGACAAAGCCAGUGGUGGGGCUGGUGUUUGUUGAGCACUGGACACUGAUUAAGCCACGCUAACGCGUAGAUCCUCCACCACGAGCACCAGCACUCCUGGACAGACACGCUGCCCCUGCUGCUGCCCCAGCGCCCGUCUCCCCUGGACCCACACCUUCUGGUCCCGAAGAGCCACUCGCCGCCACUCAAACUGAACUGGUCUCCAGCGGUGAUGAUGAUGAUGAUGAUGAAGACCACAGUCCGACGUCUGCUCCCCCUGAGGUUCCUCAGUACAGGGGCCCCCUCCGCCCCCUCCUCCUCCUCCGCCGCCCGGGGGCCCAGGUUGGACCCCGGGCCCCUGAGCUUCCAGGACCCAGGGGCCUUCAGAGUGAAGAGCACGAAGGAGCUUCUCCGAGCCCUGGCCGUCUUCAGGUUCUGCUCCAUCCCGCUCCUCGUCAACAACUGUGACAAGCUGCUGACGGUGGCAAGGGGCGUGUUGGGGAGGCGUGGCCUGUCUCUGUUGCUCCGCCCAUUCGUCUACGCUCAGUUCGUGGCGGGGGAGACCGAGGGGGAGAUCUCUCGCUCCAUGACCAAGAUGGCCGACCUGGGGCUCCGGCCCAUGCUGGCCGUGCCUCUAGAAGAGGACCUAGGAGAGAGCACCGGGGAGCAGAGGUAUGAGGAGAACAUGGCAUCCAUGUUAGAGUGUGUGAGACUGUCCCACAGCAACGCCUGGACUACAGAUCCCAUGAUGCAACUGAAGAUCACCGCCCUGCUCAGCCCGGAGCUCUGUGUGAAACUCACAGAGCUUCUCAAACACCAAACAUCCGUCGACCUUGAAGUCCUGCUCAGAGGUCUCAACGGAGAGCCAAUCAGGUUCCCGGGUUUGGAUGAGCGGGAGAACGCCCACUUGCUCUGUGGUUUGAAGAGGCUCAACACGAUAGCGGAGGCGAGCGUCCACAAGGUGCGGGUCCUCGUGGACGCGGAGUACACCUACAUGAACCCCGCGCUCUCCCUGGUCACCAUGGCGAUGAUGAAGAAGUUCAACCAAGGCGGCGUCUGGAUCUGGAACACGUACCAGUGUUACCUGAAGGAGUCCCGCGGCUUCCUGCAGGAGACGCUGGACGUGUCCUCCAGGGAGGGCUUCAGCGUGGGGGUGAAGCUGGUGAGAGGAGCCUACAUGGACAAGGAGAGGAGGCAGGCGGAGAAAGAGGACCGCCCAGACCCUGUUCACGACAGCUGGGAGAACACUAACCACAGCUACAACGGAAACAUGGAACUCCUGAUGGACCUCAUCUCCCAGGAUCCUCAGCGGUACCGCGUCAUCAUCGCGACGCACAAUGAGGAGUCAGUCCGCCGCACCGUCCAGAGAAUAGAAGAGCUGGGAGUAGAUAAAGAAGGCGGCUCUGUGUGUUUCGGUCAGCUGCUAGGGAUGUGUGACCACGUCUCCCUCACACUGGCGGAGCAGGGCUACGCGGUGUACAAGUCGGUCCCGUACGGCUCGGUGGAGGACACGAUGCCCUACCUGGUGCGCAGGGCCCAGGAGAACCGCACCGUGCUGCAGGGGAUCCGCAAGGAGAGGGACCUCCUCCGGCUGGAGUUACACCGGAGGAUGCGCCUGGGGAGAGGCGGGCGCUAGAGCGUGAUGUCAAGCAUGGCAAGCGUCUACUAAUGAGGAGGAGAGAGGACGGGAGAAUCUGGGAUGUCUUGAAACGUUGUAGACAGACAGUCAUUGUUAAAUGUAUUCUUUUGCGAUACAAAUAGUAUCACACUUAGUGAUGUAAAACAGUGAUGAAGAUACGUUAUGUUUGGGGGGAUUACAAUUCAUUGGUUUUAAUGAGGAAUAUUUGGUGGCAACGGGAGCUUGCCUCAUUUUCAUACGUAGCCUACUCAAUGCUAGACUAGAGGUUUACUUUUUUGUUAGCCUGUAGCUUAUGUUUUGUUCAGCACAUUCAUCUUUAAAGUCCCUUUGUCAACACGAAAAAGGGGCAAAUGUGAGAGAAGACAGGAUGACCGUCUUUUCAAACUUUUAAAAUAACAGUCACUUGCCAAAUGGAGAGAAGGAACGGAGGUGGGAUAUGCGACACUUGCACCGCGUCACGAGUAAACCUCCAGGACCAGCAGCCGCUGAAGAACCAUUAACACCUCCGGUAAUGGUGACAAUCAUGUUACACGUUUACUUCCCACUGAACAGACUCUUGACUUGAUUAAAAAGAAAUACAUUGUUACAUGA